UGUAUAAAUCCACUCGUUCUUCCAUUUCAGACACAUCAUCACAAAGAGAAAUUUGCCUACACAAAUUGAUGAUAGUUUGAUUACAGAUUUCUUGAGAAAUGGCGUGUGUGGAUAGUAUUAACAAUAACAGUCUUAUAGCAGAAAUGCAAGAGUCCAGUAUCAAUCCAGACAAAUUGAACUACGAGAUUUUUUCGAUUUUGGAAUCAAAGUUUCUCUUCGGUUACGAAGAUAGGAAACUUUGGAUUCCAAAACAAAUCUCUCCGGUCAUUGAACAACCAAACGCCGUUGUCAACGACGGUGACGAUGUUCAGACCUUAAAAUACCAGAGAGGUAAAAUCUGCAUUCUCAGCAUCGACGGCGGUGGAAUGCACAACAUAAUAUCUGGUAAAGCGAUUUCGUAUCUGGAAAUGGCGUUGAAGGAUAAGUCGGGGAAUCCGGCAGCCAGGAUAGCGGAUUAUUUUGACGUUGCUGCCGGCACUGGCUUCGGAGGAAUUUUCACGGCGAUGCUUUUUGGUACUAAAGAUCAGAACCGGCCUCUUUUUGACGCUGAAGACACGUGGAAGUUCCUCGCAGCGGAAGGGAAAAAAUUCUACCGCACAUGUCAGUCCAAGCCUAAUUUCUUCAAGAGAGUGUUCAAUAGAAAUGGCGGCGGAGGAAAUACCACCACAAGUUCAGCAACGGCGGAUCUGGAAAAGAUGAUGAAGCAGGCGUUUACGGAUGAGAAAACAGGGCGGAGUUUAACGUUGAAGGACACGCUAAAACCAGCUUUGAUUUCGUGCUAUGACCUCUCCAGUACGGCGCCGUUUUUGUUCUCCCGAGCGGAUGCUUUAGAAACGGACAGCUACAACUUCAACAUAUGGGAGGUAUGCUUGGCGACGUCGGCCGUACCGGGCAUUUAUGACCCGGUUUGCAUGAAAUCGGUUGACGGAAUGAACCGUUGCAUCGGUGUGGACGGGGGACUGACCAUGAACAAUCCAACUGUGGCAGCUAUUACGCACGUGAUUCAUAACAAAGAGGAGUUUCCAUUUGUUCGAGGAGUCGAAGACGUCUUGGUACUUUCAAUAGGUACUGGUGGCCAGCUGUUAGAACGUAGUUUCGAGUUUGAGCAAGUCAAGAAAUGGAAGGCUGAGGAUUGGGCUCGACCUCUAGCUAGGAUUUCUGGCAACGGCUCGGCCGAGUUGGUUGAUCACGCUGUUGCUAUGGCCUUUGGUCAGAACCAGAGCAGUAAUUACGUCCGUAUUCAGGUAUUUUCUCGUUUCUAUCUAAGUUUGAAAAGUUUGCUUGUACAAAAAUACACAAAUUCUAAAAUAAAUAUAAGAGACAUGGUAUGGGACUAACGUACCCAGUUGGAUAUUUUGGGGCCAUGCAAUUUAUUGUAGGGAAGUGUGAAGAUUAGUGAAGGAGAGGCCGCCAAACUGCCAACCCAAAAGUAGACUGUUAGAUAUUGACAUAGUAUGCCCAGACCAGACUCUGUUCUCCUGCUGUUUUUAUUACCUACAUCU